AUGGCACAGGGCAACUUCUCCCGGGUGACUGAAUUCAUCCUCCUGGGGCUCUCUGAUACAAGGGAGCUUCAAGUUCUCUUCUUCACCAUCUUCUUCCUAGCCUAUGCCAUGGUUCUGCUGGGGAACCUCCUCAUCAUUGUUACAGUCAGGACUGACCCCAAGCUCUCCUCACCCAUGUACUUUCUUCUCUGCAAUCUGUCAUUCAUCGAUAUCUGCUGCACCUCUGUCACUGCUCCCAGGAUGCUGGUGGACCUUCUCUCCCAGAGGAAGGCCAUUGUGUUUGAAGGCUGCAUAGCCCAGCUGUUCUUCUUGCACUUUGUUGGCUCCUCAGAGAUGUUCCUCCUGACCGUGAUGGCCUAUGAUCGCUACACAGCCAUCUGCAAGCCCCUGCACUACACAGCCAUCAUGAGCCGCUGGGUGUGCUGGGUCCUGGUCUCUGCCUGCUGGGCAGGAGGUUUCCUCCACUCCAUUGUCCAGACCCUCCUGACAAUCCAACUCCCCUUCUGUGGUCCCAACACCAUCAACAACUACUUCUGCGACGUGCCGGCGGUCAUCCGCCUGGCCUGCACCGACAUCUACGUCACUGAGUGGCUCAUGGUUUCCAACAGUGGCUUGAUAUCCCUUGGCUGCUUCCUGGUGCUGGUCACCUCCUACACCUUCAUCCUGGUCACCAUCCGUGUCCGACUCACUGAGGGGCACCGGAAGGCUCUGUCCACCUGUGCCUCACAUGCAAUGGUCGUCACCCUCUUCUUUGUGCCUUGCAUCUUCAUCUACCUGAGGCCCUUCACUACCUUCCCUGCUGACAAGUAUGUCUGUGUCAUCUAUACCGUCUUCCCCCCAGUGAUGAACCCCCUGAUCUACACCCUGAGGAAUAAGGAGGUGAAGGAAUCCAUGUGGAGAUUGUGGAAGCGCUGUGGAGUCUUCUGA